GAAAUUGUCUGAAAUGAGAACAUUUUGAUCCCAGAUAACUUUUCACAUUAUGCAGUCAGCUGCAGCAUCACCACUUGUCAGUUUCAGGCCAAAGCUUCAAACUUUCUCAUCAAUAACUCAACUUUUCCCCGUCAGGACCCAUUUCUGCAGACCAAGAAUGGCUUCAGUUUCUGGGGUUGGGUUGAGGCCACUGAGAGGCUUGGGUAGUUCUUCUUCUUCAUAUUCUGCAGGUGAUGAUGGGUUUGUUACAUUGAUAGAGUAUGUGGGUAAGGAAGGACUAAAUGUGAAAGAUGAUUUGGUGGUGUUGCUUGAUCACAUUCAAUAUGCUUGCAAGAGAAUUGCAGCUCUUGUGGCUUCUCCUUUCAAUUACAGCCUUGGGAAACAAACGGCUCUUACCUCUGUUCCCACUGAUAGGGAUGCUCCAAAGCCUCUUGAUAUUCUCUCGAAUGAAAUUAUCUUGUCAUCACUAAAAAAAUCUGGAAAAGUUGCUGUGAUGGCUUCAGAAGAAAAUGAUGCACCUACUUGGAUAAGUGAUGAUGGUCCAUAUGUGGUUGUAACAGAUCCCCUAGAUGGUUCUCGAAACAUCGAUGCAUCCAUUCCAACAGGUACAAUUUUUGGUAUUUAUAAGCGCCUCGAUGAACUUGAUAAUCUGCCCACAGAGGAGAAGGCUAUGCUGAAUUCACUCCAGAGUGGAAGUAGGCUGAUUGCUGCUGCCUAUGUUCUCUAUUCAUCAGCAACUAUACUUUGUACCACCUUUGGUUCUGGCACACAGGCAUUCACUCUCGAUCAUUCAACAGGAGACUUCGUUCUCACAAAUCCAAGCAUUAAAAUUCCUCUCCGCGGGCAAAUUUAUUCUGUAAAUGAUGCGCGAUAUUUCGACUGGCCUGAAGGUUUAAGGCAAUACAUAGACACUGUAAGGCAAGGAAGAGGUAGAUACCCCAAGAAGUACUCAGCCAGGUAUAUAUGUUCUCUGGUGGCUGAUCUCCACAGAACAUUGUUGUAUGGGGGUGUGGCAAUGAAUCCAAGGGACCAUCUUCGACUUGUAUAUGAAGCAAACCCUCUUAGUUUCAUUGUGGAGCAAGCUGGUGGAAGAGGGUCUGAUGGCAAAAAUAGGAUUCUUUCCCUUCAACCAGUUAAACUGCACCAAAGACUUCCUCUCUUUAUGGGAAGUCUGGAAGACAUGGAAGAGUUAGAAAGUUAUGGAGAUAUCCAACAAAAAGUAAAUCCUGGUUAUGAGGUUUGAUGCUAUGUAUAGCAUCAUGAUUCAUGUAUACAAAUUUUGAGUACUCAACCAUCAUGGUGUCUAAGUAGCUGUAUUGCACUUGCAAGUAUUGAAUUAUCCAUCAUUUGUGUAUAUUUUCUCUCAAGUCUUUAUUUUUGGUUUUGUUUCUCUCUCCGUCUUUAUUGGAAGAUGAUUUUUUACAAUGCUAAAAACAAUAUUGUAAUCCAUUUGACAUGUAUUGGUAAUUUUUCUCUUGUACUCUAAUUUUAUCUUUAAUAAAAGGUUAAUGCU